AGGAACUCAGGCAUGCAGUGGAAGACAGGACCAAGUCUCACUGAAAAACCAACGAGUUCUCAAAUGAGGACAGUGUCAAGAUGCUGGUGGUUUGGCUCAUACUGAUUCUCCUCCGAGAGGGAUAUACAGAGCCUCUUGUGACCACAGUCCAGCUGGGUGAACCUGCGACAUUGACAUGUGCUUCUCCUGAUAUGUUGAACGGUAAAGUCUUCUGGUACAAGCAGCGUGCAGGGGAAACUCUGUCAUUAAUCGUGAGGCUGCAGAAACACAUAUAUCCUGUGUUUGGAGAAGAGUUUUCUGCCUCCAGAUUUGAAGUGAACAUUUACGAGAGUACGAGUAAUCUGACCAUUUUGAGGACCGUGGAAGACGAUGAGGGGAUGUAUCACUGUGCAGUCUCAGAGUGGAUCAAGGUUACUUGGAGUGGAACGUAUUUGUCAUUGAAAGGGAACACUCAGAGGACAUCAAACUUGACUGUUGUUCAGUGGCCAUCAGUCUCAGAUCCAGUCCGCCUAGGAGACUCAGUGACUCUGCAGUGUUCAGUCCUCUCUGACUCUGAGAGUGACAUGUGUCCAGGAGACAACAGUGUGUACUGGUUCAAAUCUGGAUCAGAUCAAUCUCAUCCAAACAUCAUCUACACUGAUGAAAACAGGCGUGAUGAAUGUGAAAGAAGAUCUGACGCUCAGAAAAGCUGUGUUUAUCACCUCUCUAAGAACUUCAGCUCCUCUGAUGCUGGGACUUACUACUGUGCUGUGGCCACAUGUGGACAGAUCUUAUUUGGAGAUGGAUCAAAACUGCAGAUUGAGCAAACAGCAAGUCCUGAGUUAAUCGGCCUGGUGAUAGCAGUACUCUUCUUGUUCAUUUCUGUGACUGUUAAUAUUGUUUUCAUCUGCUUCCAAAAUCCAAGAGCAGAAUGUGAACCACAUAAAGCUGCUGUUGAGCUGCAUAGAAUCAGUGGAGGUCAAAUAAAUCAACAGACGGAUGAGGACACACAGGUUUACUCUGCUGUUGUCUUCACUGUGAGGAAAGCUGGCAGUGGGACUGUAAAGGACACAAUAUCAGUGGAGGAAAAGAGGAUCUGUGCAGCUUUAAAGGCUUUUAGGUUGAACUAGUGAGUCUACAGUUCUGCUUUCAAUCAGUUAAUACCCGCUGAUCUUUUUUUUGGUUAAUAGUUAAACAUGUGUUAGUUGAAAUAAUCUGCAUAUGUAACUGUGCUGUUUAUAAUUGUAUUGCUAUGUGUACAUUUUGUCCAUUUGUUUCACAGAAAUGUUUGUGGUCUUUCAUACAAAUGCACAGCUUGAGUUUCUCGUGGUUUUCCAAGUAGCGUGUUUUAAAGUUUAUAACACUGCACUGUAGUUUUAGCACUCGUAUUUCUUAUCAAAUUCAAACUUCUGUUUCUGCUUUUUUAUUCCACUUCUCUUUAAUUGUCGUGG